AUGGCGGCCCCGGCCCCGACCCCGACCCGGCCCCGCCCACACCCGGCAACCUCAGGCCGCUGCCGGGCCCCGCCGCUCCAGCCUCCACCGCGGCCGUCUCCUCCAAGCUCGCCGGCCCAUCCCACAAUACACCACGUUCUACAAUUGCGCCUGCGCGGACGCGCGGCGUUCUGUCGCCAGGCGCGCGCCGCCCUAACAACGGGCAACGAGCCGCUUCCGGUGCCGUCUGGGAUGGCCCCGCCCCCAGAGGCCGCCGUCCGCCCAGCGCAGCCCGCCUCCACCACCCGAGCCCUAGCCCCGCCCCCAGCCCUGCUUUGGUCCCCGCCCCCAGGGACGCCCUGGUCCUCUGCCACAACACCCCACCUGCAGUCGCUGUCCUAGGUGCUGGAGACAGAAAGGCUCCCAUGGAACAGCCCCUGCCUUGAAGGCGUUUUCAUCCUGCCAAGGUUUAUCCAGGACCAGUUUUCUGUCACUGCAUUUGAUCAGAGCACUGCUAUUUUUAAGUCGUGUUAUUAUGAACUUGACAAACAUGGUCU